AUGGCUUCCUGCCGUGCGUGUGACCUUAAGGCACUGGUGGCCAUUGUGUGUGGGCUGCUGACCGCCAUCGUUUUGGGACUGGCCAUCUGGAGGACUGUGAUCAGGAUCCAGAGAGAAACACUCACCACUCAAACAAGCAUCCCUAUAGAAUUCUGCAGAAAUGGUGGAACCUGGGAAAAUGGCAGAUGCAUUUGUCCAGAAGACUGGAAAGGACUGAGAUGUACAAUGAUUAAUUUCUGUGAAAACAGUACCUAUGGGAGUUUUACUUUUGGCAGAAUCCCUGUGGGAAGAUACGGAUUUUCCUUGCAAACGUGUGACACGAGCACUGUAAAUGCGGGCAAUCCAAUGGCAACCCGGCUGUGCAGUCUUAAUGAAUACGGAGAGAUAGAAUUACAAAAUGUGACAAUAGGAAAUUGCAAUGUAAAUCUGAAAACUCUGGAAAAUCAGGUAGUCAACAUUGCAACACAAUCGCAAAAUAUUUCUGAUGAAACCCAGAUUUUAACAUCUGAUGCCAGUAAAUUAACUCCUGAGAACAUCACUUCUGCUACUAGAGUGGCCGGACAGAUUUUUAAUGCAUCCAGAAAUGCUAUACCUGAGGCAAAAAUAGUUGCUGUAACAACAGUGAGUCAAAUUCUAGAUGCCAGUGAAGAUGUUUUUCAAAGAGCUGCUGCUGAUGAUAAUGAAGAUUCCUUUGCAACGCUUGUUGAGCAAAUGGAGAUGUAUUCCGUGUCUUUGGGAAGCACCACAUCAGUGGUGCAACCUAAUAUAGCAGUGCAAUCUGUUAAUUUCUCUUCACAAGGUGCUGCGGGGCCUGCAGGUGUUCUCUUCACUGUGCUGAAAGGAACUAGCAAUUCUCUGGUUUCUGGUAACAUACUUCUAAAUACAAACGUGGACAAACUAAAUCUGAAUGAACAGACCGAACUUCAGAUCUUGCUCAACACCUCGAAAACUAAUGCCAAGGCAUGUGGCUUUGUAGUGUAUCAAAACAACAAACUCUUCCAAUCAAAAACUUUUAUAACUAAAUCAAAUUUUAGUCAAAAAAUUAUCUCAAGCAAAACUGAUGAAGACGUGGAAGAUCAGAGUGCUUCUGUUGAAAUGGUCUUCAGUCCAAGGUACAACCAAACAGAAUUCCAGCUUCAUUCCUAUGCCUGCGUCUAUUGGAAUUUUUCCAUGAAGGAUUGGGAUACAUAUGGCUGUCACAAAGAAGGAGUCACUGACGGGUUCCUGCACUGCCGCUGCAGCCACACUACUAAUUUUGCUGUAUUAAUGAGUUUCAAAAAAGACUAUAAAUAUCCUAAAUCGCUAGACGUGUUUUCCACUAUUGGAUGUGCGCUGUCCACUGCUGGUCUGGUUCUCACAGUUCUAUUUCAGGUUGUCACCAGAAAAGUCAGAAAAACUUCAGUAACCUGGGUGUUGGUCUGUCUGUGCACAUCAAUGUUGAUUUUCAACCUCCUCUUUUUGUUUGGAAUUGAAAACUCUAAUAAGAACUUAAAGACAAGUAAUACUGACUUUGGUAGCAAUGAAGUGCUCAGACAGGACAUUGUCGUCAUCUCGAAUCCCACGUGCACCGGGAUUGCUAUCCUGCUGCACUAUUUUCUGUUAGUGACAUUCACCUGGACAGGAAUCAGUGCUGCGCAGCUCUAUUUCCUUCUAAUUAGGACCAUGAAACCUCUUCCUCAACAUUUCAUUCUUUACAUCUCUUUAAUUGGAUGGGGAGUCCCAGCUAUAGUGGUGGCUAUGACAGUGGGAAUUAUUUAUUCUCAGAAUAAGAAUAAUUCACAGUGGGAAUUGGAAUACCGGCAAGAGAGAAUCUGCUGGCUGGCAGUUGAAGAAGGCAAUGGUUUUAUAACAAGUCCGUUGUUGUGGUCAUUCAUCGUACCUGUGACCAUUAUCCUCAUCAGCAAUGUAGUAAUAUUUAUUAUCAUCUUAGUCAAAGUGCUGUGGAAGAAUAACCAGAAUCUGACGAGCACAAAGAAGGUUUCAUCCAUAAGGAAGAUUCUUAGCACAUUAUCUAUUGCAGUUGUUUUUGGAAUUACCUGGAUUCUGGCAUACUUAAUGCUAAUUGGUGAUGAUAGUGUCAUGAUCGUCUUCAGCUACAUAUUCUGCCUUUUCAACACUACUCAGGGGUUGCAGAUUUUUUUCCUUUACACUGUCAGAACAAAAAUCUUCCAGGAUGAAGCUUCCAAACUGUUGAAUUCAUUGUUGUCAUCCACUGGGAGAGUGAAGACGCUGCCAUCCGUGACCACCCUGAGGCUGCGCGUGAGGAUGUACAACAUGCUCAGGGCGUUUCCAGCCCUGAAUGAACACUUCAGGCUGCUGGAGCCAUCUGAACUUAACGAGGACGAGACGCGCUCUCAGAGUGACCAAGCAAACCCAAGCACUUAGACAGUGAAACUGCUGCCUCUCGUGUUCCUCUUUUUAUUCAACUCAUGUAAGUUUCACUUUUUCUACUUCCUUCCUUUAUUACUCUGUCUUUUCCCAGAA